AUGUCACCGGUGACCUUCACCUUGCUGACCCGGUAUCCAUAUCUUCAAACAUACUGCGCCCCAGCUGGGCUGGUCAUCACGGUGAUCGGGUCGAUUCUGUCUUCCUUCUCGACGGAAAUAUGGCAUCUCAUCGCUACCCAGGGCGUAAUGUGCGCCAUCGGCAAUGGCCUACUCUGGAGCCCGAGCUCGCUGUAUCUUGAUCAAUGGUUUGUCCGGAAGAAGGGCCUUGCACUGGGCGUAAUGUGGUCUGCGAAGAGUGUUACUGGUGUUGCUCUUCCUUUUAUCGCAGCUUCUUCUCUCGACCGCUUUGGUUCCAGUACUACUUUGCGUGCUUGGGCUGUUGUCACGUUUAUAUCGACAAUUCUCUCCCUGCCAUUCAUGAAACCCCGAAUUCCCGUGUCGCGUUCCUCCACUGCCCGUCGCCUGGAUCUUAGUUUCCUACGCCUGGCCACCUUCUGGAUGCUGCAAGUGGGCAACAUCAUCCAGAGCUUUGGAUACUUCCUUCCCUCGACAUAUCUCCCCUCCUACUCAACUGCAACAAUCGGCUUGCAAGUGACAACGGGCACGAUGCUCGUCUCACUCUUCAACGCAACGUCCGUCUUCGGUGGCAUUGCGCUUGGGAUGCUAUGUGAUCGCUUCGCAGUCACCAAUAUCCUAUUGCUCUCUUCAAUAGGAUCUGCUUUAUCCGUGUUCCUUUUCUGGGGCAUGGCUGGUAACGAAACGUCGCAUACUGGCAUUGCUCUACUUACUCUCUUUUCAAUCAGUUAUGGCUUCUUCGCAGGUGGGUUCAGUUCCACUUGGUCGGGGGUCAUAACGCAGAUUAAACAUGAGUCUUCCCCGUCCCUGGAGACUGGGUUGGUGUUUGGUUUGCUUGCUGGUGGUCGAGGUAUUGGAAAUGUCGUGAGUGGACCACUGAGUACAUUGCUACUUCGCCAGGGGUCUGUGGGUGACCCGAAUGGCCUGGAUUCUGCAACAGGAUACAACACCAAGUAUGGUACUUUGAUUAUUUUCACUGGUGUCACGGCCUUUCUGGGCGCGUGGAGCUGGAUGUGGCGGUACAUCAGCUCUGGCCUGCGUAGUAUAAGUUGA